UGAUGUGCCCCGUUACCCAACGAGCAAAUCGUCUCAACAAGUAUCUAGCCCGGACAUAACUAACAUUGACAUCGUUAAUAUAUCGAUAUGGACGCCGACCUCGCCUUCGCACUGCAGCUGCAAAAUCAAUUUGACUGCGAGGAGGAGGAGCGCGCGGAGGGACGGCCGAAGUUGGCCGAUGAUGAGGUCGGGUGGGCUAGGCCGAAGCCUCGGUCUCUCCUGAAAGCCCUGCCCGGUGACGUGGCCCCCCGGCCCGGCGAUUCCGAGCGCCGGGCUCGGCCUCUCUCCAUCGUCGAUUCUGCCUGGGAAUUGAUCGACCCUAGUCCGAACGUGUGGGCGCUCUUCUCUCAGUACAACGAGGCGCUCUUCUGGGGGAAGCUUCAGGGCGUCGAAGUGAAGUGGAGCAAGAGAAUGACCCUCUGUGCAGGUGUGUGCUGUUACGAGGGCCGAGGCGGCCUUUGCUCCAUCAAGCUCAGCGAGCCCCUGCUCAAACUUCGGCCCCGUAAGGACCUGGUUGAGACGCUGCUGCACGAGAUGAUCCACGCGCUGCUCUUUGUGACGCACAACAACCGCGAUCGUGAAGGCCACGGCACCGAGUUCUGCAAACACAUGGACCGCAUCAACAAGGAGACGGGAACUAAAAUCACGAUCUACCACAGUUUUCACGACGAGGUGGAUGUCUACCGCCAGCACUGGUGGCGCUGCACGGGGCCGUGCCGCUUGCGCCCGCCGUACAUGGGCUACGUGAAGCGCGCCAUGAACCGAGCGCCGUCACCGCGAGACUUCUGGUGGGACGAGCACCAGCGGACGUGCAACGGUUCCUACGUCAAGGUGCGGGAGCCGGAAGACAAGAAGAAGGCGGCUGGCAAGAGCAGAGUUUCGGCCGAAGGAGAGCAGACGCAAGCGGGCGGAGUGAAGGGACGUGCCGACAAGAAGUCGCCGGCCAAAGACAAGAACGGGACAGACAUUCGUACGUUCAUCCCGUUCUCAGGAAAUGGUUUUCUCCUUGGUGGCGGCGGGUGGCAGCAGCAAAAAUAAUGGGAGACCACACAGUGCUGUACAAGCCAGUUCCACAACCACGGUGGUAAAAACACCCGUGUCGGGUAGAGAAACUAUGACCUCAGCCUCCCAAUCAGCAGUUUCUUCCUUCAAAGUGCCUCCUGUCUUUCCGACCGGCUCACAGCCUGCAAUGGGAAGCUCGUCCCAGGGCAAAAACGGA